AUGUGGAUUCAUGAGAGCACAGGUCCUGCUGUUGACGAGUCAAUAUUGCAAUGUGAGGAUUAUCAAAAUCGUGUCGGCUCCAAGUUCGGUGGAGGUGGUGUCGCUGGGGCUUCGGAGACCAACGUGGACAGGCGUGAACGUUUGCGUAAACUUGCGCUCGAGACAAUUGAUCUUGCAAAAGUUCAUACCUGGCUCACUACUCAGGGAAAGAAGCAUCAGACCAAUCUCGCUCGUCGUGCGGCCCGCGAUGCUAAGGACACCCAGUUGAUGAUCGCUCCGACUCAAAGCAAUGUACAGCGCAAAGUGUUUCUUAAAAUAGGACGCCCUGGCUACCGAGUCACGAAAGUGCGGGACAAAGAUACUGGUAAAGAAGGUAUGAUGGUCCAGGUCCACCUUCCUCAAAUCAAAGCGGAUGUCAUCCCUCGCCGACGAUUUAUGAGCGCUUGGGAGCAAAAAAGGGAGCCUCCGAACAAGGCAUACCAGUAUCUUAUCGUGGCUGCUGAACCGUACGAGACAAUUGCUUUCCGCAUUCCCGCCCGCGAGAUAGAAGACGAAUCUGAUGAUGCCGGAUAUUGGAAUUGGUCAUAUUGGGAUCCUGAUACGAAACAGUACAGCUUUCAGUUCAUGUUCCGUUUGACUUAUUGA